UAUUUAUUUAAAUUUGCAUGCAUCAAUGAAACUAAAAUUGUUCCAUCCAUGUUAAAAUCUCGCAUUAAUUAAGCGAUUAAAGCGCAGCAUGAAAACCACCUCUGAACACCUGAAGACACACAAGAAUAGACGAAGAUUGCCAAAACGUCUUUUGAAAAUUUUGAUGGACCCGUCCAAAGCUCUUUCUUCUAUAGCCAUAACGUCGUUCAUUUAUGUACAAUAUCUAGAAACUAGCUUCAACUACGACAUCCGGUUGCAUAUCCCGGAACAGGAUGUACCGGAAAAAGGUGUAUUUGCCGGAUCCGUUUCGAAAAAAAAUUACGUACGCAAAAUGAACACAAUUUGUUUAAAAAUCUGCCGUAUUAAAGAAAGCGAUACUAAUGACAAUCAGGCUUGACACAUCGAGAAAGAUUUGCAAGGAAUUGUCGACUGUUUACAAGCGUCAGAUCUUGGUGUUUCAUUGACCCGGUUUUGUAUUGCUCCUCAAGGUUUCACAAAGCUUGCGGUGGCCAGCGAGCGAUCUCCCAAUCCUUCCCCGAUACUUCAUUAUGCAUCUGGUCUGAAGCACCGAACUGCCACGUCAUAUCUAGCUAUCGUCUGCUGGAGAACUACAUCCAGGCAAGAACGUUGCCCGACUAGAAAGGAUCGUUAUCGCUUCUCUUAUUCAAGAUGGACCACGAGACGGUAGGCGCAGAUGACCCCAGGCCUGAAUCACCUAUUGAUAACCCCCUGCAAUGUCGUUACUGUGGCAAAGUAUUUACAAGAAUCUACUACCGAAGAGAACACGAGAGAAUUCACACUGGCGAGAAGCCGUUUGCCUGUAGUAUUUGUGGGAAGAAGUUUAACAGCAAUGGAAGCUGUAAGAAACACGAAAAAAUUCAUCUCAGGGCAGAAGAAAACACCCCCAUGGAAUGCAAUCAUUGCGGCAAAAUGUUUGAUGACAUGAUAGAUUUUCGUCAACACAUUAAAACGCACGACGGAGCCAAACCGUAUGGCUGUCAUAUCUGCGGACGCUCAUUUGGAUUCGAGGCCGUAUUGAAGAAACAUUUGAUGUUUCAUAAUGGUCAAAAACCCUUUCAAUGCCUUGUGUGUUCUGCUGCUUACUCCUCUGCUAAUGAUUUACGAAUGCACGUAAAAUCGCACACCGGAGACAAGCCUUACAAAUGCAGGUAUUGCAACCACAGCUUCCCCAACAGUCGACGACGCAACAUGCACGAGCGAUGUCAUGAAAAAUCCGACGACAACAAAUGCAACAAAUGUGGUGCAACAUUUAGCAACGCUAACGCCCUAACAACACACGAGGCUAAUAGCGUCAUUCAUGGCGUCUGUCAGAACGUGGAUUCUGAUCAGGAUCAUGGCUACGAUGACCACAUGUCGGAGAGCUCCGCGAGUACCUAUUCCACAACGACAAGCUCCGGAGUUGACCCCAUGUCUGAGGUAGAUAUUGGGUUGCUAAGCAAAGGAUACGACAGACCAAAUAGUUCGUUAUCGGGAUCUCAUGAUAGCGGCUACCAUACAUCUACCUUUAAUGGUAUGAGCGACAAUGUGUAUCCCACCUCGCUUCUUCACGCAACAGAAAAUGGCAUUGUCGUCAAGCAAGAACAACUGCAGAACGAAAGAUCGACAUUUUCUCCCUCGAGCCAGUCGUCGGACCCAGAUCACUCGAGUGUUUCCGGUAUGAGCAACAGAUCUCUCCGGGCGUCCGUGGAGUCGGACCACGUGACUAGUGCCGAUUACUCCGGGCAGUUCACCGUGGUAUCAAAAGAUUCCAAACUAGUCCAGACAGACCAAGGGUUAUACGCCGACUCACUGCUAUCCCAGCUGGAGAAUCUGAAGCAGAUUCACGAAUGUAAGAACUGUGGCAUCUUCUUCAGGAACUACUCCAUGUUUCUGGUUCAUAAGACCUUGCAUGCAGACCCAGCGCGUCCGUUUGUCUGUCAUCUCUGUGGUGAAGAAGCGAGGGAUAACGUGGAUUUUAAUGCUCAUUUAAUCUGGCAUAUGAAGUGAAUUAGAAUGGACAGAAAAAUACAGUACUAUAAGUAAUACGAAACUGGAUAUCAAUCAUUUCAUUUUGUUUGCAUUUUACUUUGUUUCAUUUUCAUUGUAUAAAUUUGAAUUUAAAUGUGUUCAAACUCGACUACAUGUAUAUUGACAGAGCGAUUUGUCACCUGGGAAAGGCUAUCAUUCCAGAUUAAUAGCCUGUUACCUUAAUGUUUGUGGUUAGAGAACGCAGUCUAGCCAUGUGUGUAGUGUGUACAAGCUUUGUGUGUGUAAAACUUAAGCUCGAUGUUCGGUGUUUAAAGAGUUGAGGAGUCAAUAAAUUUGCAAACUUGAA